AUGCGCGCUCGCUGUCAGUCUUCCACGCGCGGGGCGCAGCAGGGACACAUUUCGCUGGGAACUGGCAGGCCGAACCGCAUCCCGCGCCGGGGCGUCUGCAGCCGAGCAAAUGAUUUUGCAGUGAAACACGGAAGCGGUCUCCUCCACAGCGCAACCAGCAAUGCAGCAUCGGCUGACACCAGGGUCAAUGCCCUUCGCGGACGGAAGUCGUUGGGUGCCAACGACGUAUCGGCCGGCUCAGUGGAACGCCCCCCCGCUGAGGCGCGCCCUGGGCUUCGAUGGUCCGACAAGUGUCUCAUGGAUGCAGACGGCACCAACAACGGUGUCCUGCGACGUCCUGGGGGCCCAUCUGAGGUUCUUCCCUGCUUCGCUGCGUCCACGGUCCAGGCGCGCGACAGCCCGGCUCUGCUUUCCACGCCUGGCACCGGAACGCGUGAUGUUAUCGUGUUUGCUCUCGGCGCCCUAACUGCGGCGGCGGCGGUUCUUGCUGUGGUUCGCGGGGCAGUGAGCAAGCCAGGGGCUGCCGACGAUCGCGAAGAGCCCCGGCCCAAGGCGGCGUCGACAGGAGAGCCCGUCGAGUGGAUCAACAUGUCAUGGCGGAAACUCUGGCGCGUCUACCUCCUUGGCCUCGAGGGUUGGCUGAUGGGCCGCUUGCAGACUGUGUUUGACUGGGUCGUGAGAGACUUUGCGCCGAAGUGGAUUCGCGGCGUCAAGGUGGCGAAAUUCACGCUCGAUCACGAGCCGCCGCUCUUCUCCGACAUGAGACGCCGAAUUUCGCGGCGAGACUCGGACCUAUGCGGCGUGGUGGACGUGCGAUACACUGGGGGUGCAAAAAUGCUGCUCGUGGUUGAAGUAGGCGCGGAAAGCGGCGCAUACAGAAUCAAGCUCCCCAUCAUGGUCUCGGACCUGGAUGUGCAGGGCAAGCUCUGGAUCAAACUGCGUCUUGCACCGAUGCCACCAUGGAUUGGCACGAUCUCCAUUGCGUUCGUCGAGCCCCCGAACAUCCGCGUGCAGCUGUCGCCGUACAAUCGCAUACGCUUGAUGCGCAUCCCCGUGAUACAGACUUACUUGAGAAAGCUCAUCACAGUGGAUCUCCCGGGGUUGAUGGUGUUGCCGCGCCGGCUGCAGAUCAGUCUUCCGCCGUCGCUUACCUCUGUAGCCGAGGCUGCAGUUGGGAGAGACACAGUGAUACGCGCGAUAGCAAGCGCAGUGCUGCAGGCUGACGCCCUCGAGACCGCGCUCCUGGCUGCUCUGCCACUUGGCCCGCAGGCUGCGGCCGGUGGUGUGUCGCUCCCAGAGUCGUUCACAGGGGAGCUGACGGUCAUGCUCGUGGAGGGUCGCAAUCUCCCGGUGUGGGGUCUGCCUUGGCAGACGAAUCCGUACUGCUCGAUCAGACUCGGAACGCAAGUGGCGUGCUCGAAACGCAACGCCGAUACCACUGUGGAUCGACCGGGCAGAAAUCCUACUUGGAAUCAGGAGUUCCAGUUUUUGGUGGAGGACCCGAUGGCGCAAAGCCUGGAAAUUGAGGUGCUCGACAGCCCUCUCACUGGUCGAACGAUCGUCGGGAACGCAUCGUUGCCGCUGAAGGACCUCGUGACUGAGCCCACCAAGCGGGUGUGGGUGCCACUCGGGCCAUCGCGCCCGGGACAGGCGAGCAGGGGCGACCUGCGACUCGAAGUGUCGUACGAGGCAUUCGAUGACGACGACGAGGAGCGUGACAGCGCGUACCGAGCGGCACAGCUCUCACAGGCAAUCCAACUGCAGGUGGAACAGAUCAAGGACGUUCGAUCCGCGGCGCAAGCAUCGUCGCAGGCGGGGGCGGCUGCAGCAGCGGCAGUGUCUGCAGUUGCUGCCACCAAGGCUGCGGCAGCACGCGCUGCGGCGAGGGCCAUCGUUGUGGCGGAUGCCGACACAGAGCCUGAGGAGGCGAGGUUCGGAGACGGCGCUGCACAGAUGUCAGUGGAGUUCGCGAGAGAGGUUGAAAGGGCAGGGCUGGCAAGCCGGGAUGACGACGACGACGUGGGCCCAACUGGCGAGCAGGGCACUCCUCGAGAAGGUGGCAUCAGGGAUGGCGGCGUGAUCGCGGCGAAUCCCUGUGGCGACGAGCUGAAACGACUUCCAUUGUCCAGCGAGGAGAUGCAAACAAGCGCCGACGCCUUCGCUGACGUGUUCCGGCCUCGGGCUGGCAGCGUCAGGCCAGAUGAAAGAGACGAAAGCGACCUCGAGGAAGAUGGCAUACAGGAACUUCUUGAGUUGAAGCAGGAGAGCGAGCAAGCCGCAGAGGAGGGAAGUAGCGCAAUCGUUUUGACAGAUCAGACUCGAGCAGAAAGAGACAGCUUCGAGGCGCACGAUUCGGUCGUCGCAAGCGGACGCCAUGAGGGGGUCCAAGAGGUGCAUCAUGCUAACGGGAGCCCGGCUCAUGUCCCAUCACGAGUGGCGCAGGCGGAGGCGACAAGUGAAACAUGCGAGGGUGAACCACUCGCACAGGCCCGGAUGAUGAGCCAAGUGUCUCGCCUGCGUCAGCGACCGGACACAACGAAACAUGACGAGGCACGUCCAGGCCGAUUCUCCAAAUGGGCGCGGUUCUGGCGGCGUCGGGGGGGACGGAGUUCAACCACAUCUUCAAUCAGGGAACCUGUGAACGGCAGUAGCGGCGAGCACAACGCGGGCGAGCGAGGGGGGACCUCGAGACUGAACGCCGAUCGGCGCUCGCCAAAAACGGUCUCGGAACUUCCGGAGGUCCCAGAGGUACCAGUCGAGCAGGUCAUGGAAGAGGUCAGUGAGAGGGCAAGCGCUGUGUCGUCCCUGCGGCCGGGUCCCGUCUGCACAUGUCGUUGA